UAGUUAUGACGAGGAAAUGCUGCGACCGAAUCAUUUCCCACAGUGCGAUUUUUUUACGUCGCUGUAGUAAUUUUGGUACUUAGAGGAAACGCCACGUUAGAAAACAGAGUUUAUACACACUUUUACCAAAUAACGAAGAAAAACACGAUGGAUUCAGAAAACAAACCAAGGAAGAGGGUUUACCAGGAAGACGACGAAAAGCCAUGCUCAGAUGGAUCCGAUGAAGAGGACUAUGUCCCAUACGUUCCCAUAAAGCUGAAAAAGCAGCAAAAGCUACAGAAGUUGCUGCAGCUGCGAGGAAAGGGACCGACGGAGGAAGAACAGAAAGAUGGCAGGAAUGAACACAGAGACGACGAAGAGGGACUUGGCCCGCGAUCUAACAUCAGUCUGCUGGACCAGCACCAACACCUCAAGGAGAAAGCUGAAGCUCGAAAGGAGUCUGCAAAAGAGAAGCAGCUGAAGGAGGAAGAGAAGAUCCUGGAAAGUGUAGCAGAGGGCAGAGCUUUGAUGUCUGUAAAAGAAAUGGCCAAAGGUAUUACAUAUGAUGACCCAAUAAAAACAAGCUGGAAAGGCCCCCGUUACAUCCAGGCUAUGCCGCCAGCGCGACAUGACCGCGUCCGGAAGAAGUACCACAUCCUGGUCGAGGGUGAUGGGGUCCCUCCGCCCAUCAAGAGCUUCAGAGAAAUGAAGUUCCCUCAAGCAAUAUUGAAAGGCUUGAAGAAGAAAGGGAUUGUUCACCCAACGCCCAUUCAAAUCCAAGGAAUCCCAACUGUUUUGUCAGGUCGAGACAUGAUUGGUAUCGCCUUCACUGGCUCGGGGAAGACCCUGGUCUUCACAUUACCCAUCGUCAUGUUCUGUCUGGAGCAAGAGAAAAGGCUGCCCUUCUACAAGAGAGAGGGACCCUAUGGCCUCAUCAUUUGUCCAUCUCGAGAACUUGCCAGGCAGACCCACAGCAUUAUCGAAUAUUACUGCAAGCUGCUAGAGGAGGAGGGGGCCCCCCAGCUACGCUGCGCCCUCUGCAUCGGUGGCAUGUCCGUCAAGGAGCAAAUGGAGGUGGUCAAGCAUGGCGUGCAUAUGAUGGUGGCAACGCCCGGCAGGCUGAUGGACCUCCUCCAGAAGAAGAUGGUGAGCCUGGACAUCUGCCGCUACCUGGCCUUGGAUGAGGCUGACAGAAUGAUCGAUAUGGGUUUUGAGGAGGACAUCAGGACAAUCUUCUCCUAUUUUAAGGGUCAGCGACAGACCCUGCUCUUCAGUGCCACCAUGCCAAAGAAGAUCCAGAAUUUUGCUAAAAGUGCCCUGGUGAAGCCCAUCACCAUUAACGUCGGCAGAGCUGGAGCCGCAAGCUUGGAUGUCAUUCAGGAAGUGGAGUAUGUCAAAGAAGAAGCUAAAAUGGUUUACCUUCUAGAAUGUCUACAGAAGACGCCGCCUCCGGUCCUGAUAUUUGCUGAGAAAAAGGCGGAUGUUGAUGCUAUUCACGAGUAUCUCCUGCUCAAAGGCGUGGAAGCAGUAGCUAUCCAUGGCGGGAAAGAUCAAGAGGAACGGACCAAGGCUAUAGAGGCUUUCAAGGAGGGAAAGAAAGACGUACUUGUGGCCACAGAUGUCGCCUCUAAAGGUCUCGAUUUCCCAGCCAUCCAGCAUGUGGUCAAUUAUGACAUGCCAGAGGAAAUAGAGAACUACGUCCAUCGGAUUGGACGUACUGGACGAUCAGGAAAGACCGGGAUAGCCACAACCUUUAUCAACAAAGCCUGUGACGAGUCUGUUCUGAUGGACCUGAAAGCCUUGCUGAUAGAGGCCAAGCAGAAGGUCCCGCCUGUCCUGCAGGUUCUCCAGACCGGAGAUGAGACGAUGCUGGACAUUGGAGGAGAAAGAGGUUGUACCUUCUGCGGAGGUCUGGGCCAUCGCAUCACCGACUGUCCAAAACUGGAGGCGAUGCAGACAAAGCAGGUCACCAACAUCGGCCGGAAGGACUACCUGGCUCACAGCUCGAUGGACUUCUAACGCGCCGGCCGGGGACCUGCGCGGCGUGGACGACACCCCGAGUGUGAAAGGCGGCCGUUUACACUUCAGUCUCUCCCUAAAAUGUGGUCACUGGGUUGGUUAAGGGUUUGGUGAAAGUUUGCUCAUGAAGUUCUUUCUCGUCUUGCUUAGUGCUGCAGACUUGUACAGUUGUAAAGAAUGUUUUUGUUCCCAAAGCAUUUGUACAUAAGUGAACUGUGUGACAAUGAUCGUCUCUUAUCGUCAUAUUUUACUCUUUUUUUUUUUUGACAAAGGAAUGUACAUUUAAGGAAUGUAAAAUAAAGGUGUAAAGCCAA